UAAAACUCCAGAAAAUCUGAUUUCAAAGCUCACCACAAAUUUCCAAGAAAGUAAAUCUACAUGAGGAGCCACAAAGCAAGUUGAUUUGAGAAGAAUACAGCAUUUACAAAAAUGUCAAGUUGUGUGACUUCAGUGUUUGCUUUGAUGGUUUUGUGCUUUGCAGCUGCAGGUCCUGUGCCUCAGAGGGAAUGUGUCUUGUCGCCUGUUAACAAUUCGCACCCAGUCCAUGCCUUGUUGGAAAGCUUUACAGUCCUGUCUGGCUGUGCAAGCCGGGGCACGACGAGCCUGCCCCAAGAGGUGCACGUCCUCAAUCUCAGAAACCCCAAGGAGGGUCUUGGCCAUCAUGAAAGAGAGGUCACAUUACAUUUGAAUCCAAUUUCAUCAGUGCAUAUUCAUCAGAAGCCUCUAGUGUUUCUUCUCAACUCUCCUUUGCCUUUGGUCUGGAAGCUAAAAACAGAAAGAUUGGCACCUGGAAUCCGAAGGGUUUUCUUUGUGUCUGUAGGUUCCGUUGUUCAGUUUGAGAAGGGAAACUUCUCCUUGUCAGCAGAAACAGAAGAAAAGUUUUUUCCUGAGAAAAAUGAACAUCUGCUACAGUGGGCCCAGAAGGAAUAUGGAGCAGUAACAUCUUUCACUGAACUGAAAAUAUCAAGAAACAUCUACAUUAAAGUAGGAGAAGAUCAAGUUUUUCCUCCCUCAUGCAACAUAAAGAAGAAUUUUCUCUCUUUGAAUUACCUUGCGGGAUACCUGCAACCAAAACCAGCAGAGGGGUGCCUCAUGUCUAACUUAGUCCAGGAAAGAGAAGUUCAUAUCAUUGAACUAAGUACUCCAAAUUCCAAUCCUAACAGUGCUCUCCAGGUGGAUAUAAUCGUGGACAUUAAACCAUCUCAGCCAGGCGCCAGGCUUGUCAGGGAUGUGGUGCUUAUCCUCAAGUGCAGAAAGUCUGUCAAUUGGGUUAUCAAGUCCCAUGAUGUCCAGGGAAAGCUGGAAGUGAUUACAUCAAAUAGUAUUGGUUUUGGAAAAGAAACAGAACGAUCCAUGACUAUGAGUAAAUCAGUAAUACCUGACCUUCCCUCAUCACAUGAGAGUUUGAUCAAGUGGGCUUAUGAGCAUAAUUACAGUCCAGUUAUUUCCUACACAAAAGCACCUGUUGCUAACAGAUUUCAUCUGCAACUUGAAGAUAUAGAAGAGAUGAAUGAUGAAGAAGACCAUUCCCUUCCUCCAGAGCUGACAGAAUUGCUGGGUGCUAACCCACUGCCAGCUCCAAAGAAUAAUGAUGGCCUGACUUUUCCAUUUCACAUUAACAGAGGAAGACAUGACACAGUGGGAGAAGAAAUCUUCCCAUCCAGGCAUUCAGUAGAUACAUUAAUCAAUCAUGACUUCGGGCAUUCCCUCUCAAAACAUAAAGAACCUGAAGAAGUUCAGGGCAGUGCUGAUAUGGCCCUGUCAAUAAAGUGUGAUGACAAAGUUAUGACAGUAGCUGUAGAAAAAGAUUCUUUACAGGCCGGUGGCCACGCCCACACCGAGCUCUCGCUGCUGGACCACUCCUGCAAAGCCAGCACGAACGGCACCCACUUCAUCCUGGAGUCCUCGCUCAACAAGUGCGGCACUCGGACAGCAUACAUCUUCAACAAGAUUGUCUAUUUUAACUCUAUUGUCAUUCAGCUGUCAGCACCAGCUGAAGGCAGUGGCUUAGAAGAUGAGGACAUGGAAUCAGGUGAUAAUGGAUUUCCAGGGGAUGCUGAUGAGGGAGAGGUGCCUUUCUCAAGCUGGCCUGAAAUAGCGUUUAAUUGCACACUGCACCAGCCAGAGGAUGACAGAGGCAUUUUCUGGCCUCCUGAACCUCACAUCACCAAUGUGACCUUCAACAUGGAUCUGUACAAAACAGAUUUAUUCCUUGCUCCCUCCCAAGGACUCUUCUCUGUUGCCAAGAAUGGGCCAGUAUAUGUAGAGGUGUCUGUGACUAAAGCUGACAGAUCGUUGGGCUUUGCUAUUCAAACGUGCUUUGUUUCCCCGUUUUCAAAUCCAGAUAGAAUGUCUGACUAUACCAUUAUAGAAAAUAUUUGUCCUAAAGAUGAAUCUGUUAAAUUCUACAGUAUUGAGAAAAAGGAUUUUCCAAUACCACAUGCACAGAAGGACAGAAAAAGAUUUAGCUUUGUGUUCAAACCAAUGUUCAACAUCUCACUGCUCUUUCUUCACUGCGAGCUGACUUUGUGUACAAAUAAAGACAAAGAUACUCAAGGACUUCCAAAGUGCAUUCCUCCUGAUGAAGCUUGCACUUCUCUCAACGUGGAUAUGAUCCUGGCUAUGAUGCACAACAAGAAAACCUUCACCAAGCCCCUUGUUGUAAUAACACAUGAAGGAAAACAAGAAGAUCCGUCCCUUCCAAAGCCAAACGUGAGACAGCCACCGGUGCUGUACGGGCUGGACACGCUGACCGUGGUGGGCAUCGCCUUCGCCGCGUUCGUCAUCGGAGCCCUGCUGACCGGAGCGCUCUGGUUCAUCUACUCGCGCACAGGGGAGACAGCGGGAAGGCAGCAGGUCCCUACAUCGCCACCAGCCUCCGAGAACAGCAGUGCAGCCCACAGCAUUGGCAGCACACAGAGCACCCCCUGCUCCAGCAGCAGUGCCACCUAACCCGGGGACACAGCCAGGGAGCAGCACAGGACUGUGGGGACAUCGGACAGCAGCUUCUGAACGUUGAAAGGAUCCGUUUGGUUGCUUCUGGAAAAAAUGAGGAGGGAUUUUUCUAUGGGGGAAAAAAGACUGAUUUUCUUUUGGGGAAGCCACUGUGUGUGUGAGUGUGUAAAUGAGCACACAAUGCAUGAGUGAACACAGCCUGUUGGAUCUUGUUAGCAUGUUAUGCUACAUGUGACAAAGCUACUAAUUUUACAGUACUGCAACCUGUUCUAGGGGUCUGUGGGCCCUCAAUGUGAAAUCUAUGCCAGUUUGGAAAAAUGCUGCUUUGUCUAUAUGAUUUUUUCCUUUCCCUGAACCUUAUCAUUGACACAAGGUAUUCAUUAAGGGAAUUCAGUCAUAGAAUCACAGAAUGGUUUGGGUUGGAAGGGACCUUAAAGAUCAUCUAGUUCCAACCCUCUGCCCUGGGCAGGGACACUUUCCACUAGACCAGGUUGCUCAAGCCCCAUCCAAUGUGCCUUUGAAUACUUCUAGAGAUGGGAUAUCCACAACUUCUCUGGGCAACCUGUUCAGGUCCUCACCACCCUCACAGUAAAGAGUUUUUUCCUAACAUUUAAUCUAAACCUCCCUAUUUCAGUUUAAAGCCAUUACUCCUUGUCCUAUCACUACAUAAGAUAAGAACAAAGGUGAACUUAGGUCAAAGGAUUUCUCUUUUUCUGAGCAAGAAAGCAUCAAUGUCAGAUCUCCUUGGUAAAUAACAUUUUAUUAUUCAGCUACAUUUAGCCUCUUUUGAAUAAUCUUUGUUUUUUCAGCUUACAGCUACAGCAUCUCAUUUGCUUUCCUGUUGUGUUUGCAGCUUCAGGUUUCUUCCAGGUAUUUUUGUUAUUAUAGUCAUUGAUUUAGUAAUUGGAAAAGAGCACACUCUAACAUUCCCUCUCUUGUUUUAUGGGCCAAAGCUCUUGUAUAAGAGAUUUUUUGAUCUGCUAUACCAAAAACAGGCACACACAAACAUUAAAACAAAGAAUGGUCUUAUGCACUAACAUAGAUGGGUGUGUACCUUUAAUGGCAAUGUCUUUAUGCAAAUAGAUCUAUAUCAAGGUAUACACAGCCUAACCACUUUACCAGUUGGAAAUUAGCACAGCAUUCCUUCUAUACAUAAACAUAUAAUCCAUAAAUAGAUAUAUAUUAAAAAAAUAAAAACUGUCUUUUCAGUUUAUAACGGUAGAUAGAGGAGCUAAAAAAGUUGAUUUGGUUCUAAUCUUUUAGCUAGCCUAAAUUCUCUUUAAAAUAAGACAUGAAUUUGAGGGCACAAGGAAUGUACAAUAGUGCCUGUUGUUUGCUAUUCUCUGAAAAUAGUUGUGCAGUUGUGUCAAACUGUUGUAUGAAUGCUAUGAUUGGAUAGUCCCAAAGCAGUAUCAGAAUAUGGAAAUGGAAGAAGGGUACUAAUUGUCACUAUUUUUAGUGUCAUUGCCUUAUCUUCACCUUCAAAUUGAUGCAAAAUGAAAAGCAGAAAAAGACACUUUUAACAUGUAAUUGUUUGACUGUUUCUUGCCACUUUGUAAUGUGUUCUACUGAUCCUUCUUUGAGGAAGAGAGGGCGUGCGUUUCCUCUAAGAAUGAGAUGAAUAACUUUCAUUAGUUGUAGUGAAGGUUACCUGUGCUCUGCAAGAGAGGAAGGGACUUCAUUACACUCGAGUGAUAGUCUGCUCUGAAGUCUGAGCUGCAGAUUUCUUACUGAUUCUACACUUGUGCCUUGCUGAUGCCAGGAUAGUCCAAGUGCAACAUAUGCAAAGAUUUAAGUGCCAGGAUCAGGCAGAGUGUUACUCACUUUAAAUCAAAUCUGUUACCAAUCCUGCAAACCCCUCUGCAAGCGGGUAACUGCCCACCUUGUCCUCACUAUUGGAAGCACGUGCUGGACUCUGAACCAGGGCUGGUCUCGGUGUCACACAUACAAAGAUAUUUGAUGCUGCAGGCCUGGUGAUGGGGACAGGGUGCCAUUAAAUUGUGGUUACCCCUGCAGAAGGGUGUGCAGGGUGGCUCUGCUCCGAGCCGUGGGGAGGAUGAAUGUGCUGCCUGUGUGGUUGAAAAGAAAGCGCUUUGCCUAACCUUCAGCAGAAUGUAAUGUUAAAGCAUAUUCUAUGUGUAAAGUCUUUAAAGAUGUCUUCAAAGAAGACUAGAGUCUUUAACUUCAAUCAUAGCUAUAUUUUACUACAUUAAAUUUCUGUAUAAAGAUAUAUUUAAAUGUUUAGAUAAAUGUAAGUUACUCUAUAUGAAAUGUUUAAUUUCAAUUACUGUGAAAUUUACAUAUUUUGUAAAUUCCUUUCCCCAUUUUAACCCUUUCCUUCCCCAGAUAUUUUAUUAAGUAGUUUCUCAUAGGAAGUAUUAGAUUUGGUUGUUGGGAUGGACAGGUUGAAAAAUUCUGUGUAAAAUAGAUAAUUGUAUAUUUUUGAGAGAAACAUGCUGCAUUAUCAGUCUUUUUAUCAAAACUUUAAUCUAAUUUUAGAAUAAUUUACAGAUUUAUAUAUACCAUUGGAUAAACCAAAAAUAUAUAAAGGUCAAAGAUUGAUUUGUUGACUUGUGUAUGAAAUUCAGUUUGAAUUAACUGAAUGUGGUAUACUCAGCUAUUUAAUUCAGCGGUUUUAAUAGAACUGAGUUAAUUGUCUGUUGAGUUAAUUGUCUGUUGGAGUUUACCAAAAUGGCACAUGAUUGCUUAGCAGAUGGAAGAGUCACUUCUGCUUCAAUAAAGAGAGAGAACCAAACCCAAACAUUCCUAGUGAAUAACUUUAUAACAGAAGUGUGCAGUACUUUGCAGCAGCUGCUAAGCUGCCCUCAGCUCAGAGCCUGGCACAGCUCUGGUUUUACAGCAGCCAUUAGUCAGCACUGCCCGUCUCUGUGUGUGGUGUGAGGUGCUGAUUGCCACCUCUGCCCUGAGGGUUUCACCACGCUGGGCUCACAUGGCAGAGCCCUGUGGGGCCUGAAGGCCAGGGAGACUCUGCUGUCCCAGCAGGGGUUUGCAUGGAUGGAGUCAGUGUUAAUUUCAGCAUGAUGGAAUCAACUGCGAAGGAACUUCUUAUGUAAGAUUGGGAGGACUGGGCUUCAAAUGGACACCUUGUGCCUGUUAAAGCUAUUAGGAUACUUAAACUCCCAAGUAGACUGCUUGUUCUGUCAUGUGUUGUCUAAUCACUAACUCUAACCUUUUACUUUAUUUGGUUUUGGACAUUUCUACAUUUGUGAUUCAAGAGAUCAGAUCUUUCUGUGUUAGGCUAUUUUUGUAGCAUUUGCCACAUGAAAAUGGAUUUUGCAAAAUGUCUGUAGAUGCUGAUGAUUGUAACCUUCCCCCUGCUCUUUCCUAACCAUUCCUCUCCUGUAUGUUCUGUCUGUUAUGUAUAUCUACCUCAUGCUUCACAAGAAGACUGUACUGUUGGUUGUGCUGGCAGCCCUUCGUGUGAGGUGCCUGUUGUACCCUGUUGUUGUUUGUCAUUCAUCAGGAUGUUCACAGCGUUACCAGAUCUUCGCUGCCCUGUCCUGACAGUUCCAAACACAAUAUUCUCACCUUUGAAUAAAUAAGUAUAUUUCUUUUAGAUGCAAAUGCCAAAUCAAAGAAUGGGAGAAAUUUACUCCCUAAAACCUGUGGCCAGUCUGAACACCCAGUUUGUAUUUCAUAUUGCAUUCAGUAUUUCAGAGCCUUGUGGAAAUGCGUAAUUGUACAGUUUUGAUAACCACAGUGUCAUGUCAUCUUAGUCUCUUGUGCAUAAUAAAGUAUAUAUCAAUUUAUUAAUAA